CAGACUGAGAGAAAGCAGAGAUGGGGGAGAGACCUGAGAAGAGAGUGUGAACAUUGCAAAGUGUGAGUGACAGCAUCGAGAGAGACAGAGUGUGGAUCAUAGGAGAGAGAGACAAAGUACAAGAGACCACAGAGUGAGAGAGUGCCAUAAAGAGACAGCAGAGUCCAAGAGACCACAGAAUGAGAGUUUGCCAUAGAGAGAGACAGUAGAGUACAUGAGACCACAGUGAGAGAGUGCCAUAGAAAGACAGCAGGGUACAAGAGACCACAUAGUGUGCCUGUAGUAAAAGAAAGAGAGAGAGACAGCUGUACUUACAGUACAGGAAAAAGAAUGACUGCAAAGAAGCGCUCUUUCCUCCUGGUGAUGGAGACGUCUGCAGGAUUUGGGACGGUGGGUGGUCUCCUCCUGGUGCUCUAUGAGAUGGGCUUCGAUGAGUCCCAGGUGCAGGCGGCGCUCCGGGCCGGGUGCUUCAAGGUGCAGGAUGCCGCAGAGUGGAUCCUGCAGGGUGGUCAGCCCCGGGGGAUGCUUCUCACACCACAGGCUGCAGAGUCGGGGGCCGUGUCCGCCUUCAAUCCCCCUCUAGAAGGAAGAGAAGAGUCCUUGGAAUCCUCCUCCUCAGUGAUGGUUUUCUUAAGCUGCAGCCUGACGUGUCACACCCGGUGGGCAAUACCGCAGCUCAUCCAAUCACUGGCCGAUGCGGGUUCUUCUAGGGCCCCACACAUCACUAUGCAGCUUAAGAAGACGCCAGAGGUAUCGCUGAUCGCUGGAGCUUCCCCGUCCUCUCCGGAGCUUCAGCCUCUGCCUAGCACCCGGCGCCUGCAGCAGAGGAGAGAGUACGAGGAGCGACACUGCGCCACCCUGGCCAGAGAGGUCAUGGAGGAAAAACGUACCAAGAAGAAGAACCGGGAUCUUGUACUCCAGCGGAUUGCUGAGGAUCGGCAGAUUCAGCAUGACAAGGAGAAAAUGGCGUCCACAGUGAAUGAAAGGCCGGAGAGCCAGGAACACCAAUCUGUACACCCAGUCAGCCGUAAUGACUGCGCCUUGAUGGUGCGUCUUCCCUCCGGACAGUCGGUGCGGUUGGGGCUGGUGGGGGACUCUCCGCUGCAGUGCGUGUAUGAUCAUGUGUGGGGACUGCAGCCCUCCCUGGCCUCCUGCAGUUUGGUGCAGACAUUUCCCACCAGACACUUUACAGAGCAGGAUCUGCCCCGCAGCCUCCGGGAGCUGGGACUGACCCCCAGUGCCACCCUGUGUGUACACCUGGGUACGCAACCCAAACAAGAGCCCCCCCAGGGCCCCCUGGAACCCCCCAUCUGUGAUGCCGCCGAGCUGAUGAUGCAAGGGGACAGACUGCUGCCCAUUCUCCGCUCUCCAGCCCAGGCCGUGUCUCACAAUGUCCAAUUUGAGGCAGAACCUGUGGUGCAGCACAGCUGGGGGCGCGGGCACCGCUUGGCUCAUCAGGAGAAGAGCGCAGCUGAGGAGGAAGAGAGCGCAGCCGCCGAUGGGGGAGCGGAAGGUGUCCGAGAUGCUUCUCACCAUGGAGGUGUGAACGCAGAUUCCCACCAGUGGCCAGUGAAUGGCGUCAGACUCCGGCCGUCACAUCAGAGGAACGAUGACUCCAUCCCUCAACCUCCACAUAUUAUGGCUAGAGCAGCCGCAGAGAUACGUCAGGAGAGUGUGGAGAGACCAGAGCCCCCCAGAAUCUCCAGAAUGCCGGCCGUCCCCACACUGAGGACCCUGACUCUGCACCGGGCACUGCCUGUGAUCACCGCCCCCAGCAUGCAGUACCCGGGCUCUCUGUCUGGUCUCACCCCAGAUUUGGCUGAGAUGAUUAUGGACUACAUGGUUAAGGAACAGGUUCUGCGUCCGAAGAUCCUUGAGCUGUUUGCCGGCUGCCCCGUCCGCAGGGUCACCCUGAACUGCUACCCCUACUGCACCAAUGACCUAAUCAGACAGUUGCGAGGCUUCCCUGGCCUGCGCCGCCUUAGCCUCAGCUCCUCCAGCCUCAUCACAGAUCAGGGUCUCUGCGUCCUGCAGCAGCUGCAGAAGUUACAGCACCUGAACCUCAGUGCCUGCCGGAACCUCACAGAGUCCUGUCUGAUCCACCUCAGAGGUUUGAAGCAUUUGUCGCAUCUUGUCCUGGACCAGACCAAAGUCAGCGAUAGUGGAAUGUGUGAUUUCCUGCUCCAUUCAAACUGUUCACUCACCCACCUAAGUCUUAACCAGACGGCGAUCACUGAGAACACACUUAGUCUGCUGGUGCAACAGAGCCCAGAGCUGAGGGUGUUGAGCGUAAAACACACCAAGGUGUCUGACAUCUCCUCCUUGUGUGGUCUCAAGCAGCUGACUACCCUCCAUUUAGACAGCACUGGUGUGACUGAGGAGUCCCUUCAGACUGUCUCUUCUCUGCCGGCACUCUCUGCACUCACUCUGUCAGGGGUGCAGUCUCUGAGCUCCAGUCGGGUGUUGGAGCUCCUCUCCGGUCUCUCUCUCACCCGCCUGCUGCUUCCGGGGAAGCACAGUCUGUCAGAUGGGGCACUCGUGCAUCUGUCUCAUCUUUGCGGUCUCUUAGAAUUAGACCUGUCCGAUCACACCCAGAUCACUGACCAGGGCGUGCAGCACAUCUCACAGCUCACCAGGUUGCGGGUCUUGUCGUUGUGUAACACCUCAGUGUCGGACUCCGGUCUCCUUCACCUGCGGGGGCUGAAGCUUUUGGAGGAAUUAAGUUUGGACCGAACUAAAGUGACGAGCAGAGGGGUGUCCGGGUGCAUUCCCCACCUCCCGCACCUCCAGGUCCUCGGAUUGUCGGACACGCGGGUCGGUGACAACGUCUUGAAGCUGGGAGUCCAGCGCUGCAGGAACCUUCUGAAAGUGAAUCUGAGCCGGACACGAGUCACCAACAAGGGGCUGCGGUUCCUCAGGCACACGGCCAUCGUACAGCUCAGUCUGGACGGUUCGGGGGUCUCUCUCCAGGGGGUGUCAGACCUGAUGAGCGGCUGCCCCUCCCUCACCUGUGUAAGAGCCAACAACCUGCGCCUGGUGCCGGCUGAGGAGGUCUCUGAGGAGGAGGACGGGAGCUGAGGAGGUCACCGCUGGACUCUGGAAUCUCAGGGGGGGUUAUGUAGGGGUCCCCUGUGAUGUCAUCCGCCCACAAUGAAGCAAUAUCAGGGAGGGGCAGCAGGGGGCGUCCUGCACAGAAGACAUUUUACUGUUCAUCUUAGAGAAUUUAUUUUACUGCCUCAUUUACUGACAAUAAAAGCUUUAUCAAUCUGC